GGAGGUCGGAAACUUUUCAUGGACGCACUGAGGAGAGUUGUUUACAAACAGCAGAUUCAGAACAAAAACAGAAAGCUUUGCUCUAAACAAGAAAAUAGUCAAUCUUGUAAACAGUAUGGAGGUUCGAGUCAGUCCUUAGUGAAUAUAAAAUAUAUCUUGAAGUGAUAAUUUCAGGGUGUCUGUGGGGGCAGUGAGAUAAGGCUGAGCAGGUGCCCGUGUCUAAGUUACAAAGAGGUGUUGGCUGUGGGCAGUCAGCAGGACACAUGGCAGAGGAAGGCAGCAAGCUGACUCUGAGGCGCUUGGAGGCACCGAUCCACAAGUUCAUUAAAGUGGCUCUGCCCACGGACCUGGAGAGGCUGCAGAAACACCACAACAACAUACUGAAGUUCCAACAGAGCCAACAAUGGGACCGGCUUCAUCUGGAGCACAUCAAUGCCAGCAGAACUGUGCAGCAGUUGAGAGCGAACAUGAGGGAGAUGGAGAAGCUGUGCAUGAGGGUCCGUGCCGAAGACGCCCCCGCUCUCGACGCGCUGGUCCAGCCGGUCAGAGACAGGGCGUCAGCCGCCGCCAGAGACUUCCUGCUUCUGCACUCUAACCCCGUGCCUCAGCCUGCGCCCAAAACACCACCUGCUGCUCAGCCUAAUAGAUGUGUGUCCAGCAGUUACCACGACGAUGACGAUGUGUGUGAGGAGCCACUGUCUGACAGGCAAAUUCAGCUCCAGCUCCCAGAAAUCCCUGCUGAUCAGAGUGCUGCUGAGUCCUGGGACAACCUGGAAGAGGAUCUGAAGGAGCUGAGUGGUUUGGUGACGGAGUUCUCGCUGCUCGUCCAUUCCCAGCAGGAGAAGAUUGACAGCAUCGAGGACAACGUCAACGCAGCCGCUGCCAACGUGGAGGAGGGGACCAAGAGCCUGGGGAAGGCGGUGGGCUACAAGUUGGCGCUGUUGCCGGUUGCCGGGGCGUUGCUGGGCGGUGUGUUGGGGGGUCCCCUCGGCCUGCUGGUGGGGUUCAAAGCAGCAGGGGUGGCUGCUGCUCUGGGAGGGGGGGUACUGGGGUACGCAGGCGGAAACCAGGUCCAGAAACAACGCAAAGCCAGAGUGGAUCUACAGAUGAAACGACUGACAGCACCGCCACCAGAACUGGAGACACACAAAGACAAAUGACCCAACAGUCGUUUCCAUGCUCUGACCUCAGGCCUGAUCACUAAAGGCUUCGAUUAGGAGCUCUAACUGGACCUCCGGCAGUGUCACAUUGCCUUAAAGAGACCCGCUGUAAUGUCAUCAGGCUUCUCUGUUGCCGCUCACAUACUUUGAUGUUCGGGUAUGAAUGGUUUGUCUGUGAAGAGGUUUUACCACAUUUUAUACACAGUGUAUUCCCAACGCAACUAAACAGUUAUUUACACUACAUUAUUAAGCGAGUGGUUGGGUGAGAUUUGGUGAAAUUAAUUUUUUUUUAUGUCGUCAAUUAAAGGUGGGGUAGGUAAGUUUGAGAAACCGUCUCGAGAUACACCUUUUGUUAUAUUCCAUGGAAUGCUCUUAACAUCCCGAUAGCAAUGAAUAUCUUCAGUGCUUUGGCAAAAAAUCCAUUAAAAAAAUGUCAUCUGUGGAAGCCGUAGUACUGUAAAAAGCACGACCAAUCAUCUGAGCCGGCCUGGCUAAAAUAACUGGAUGGCCUACCCACCAUUCUGUCAAAUGCUAUCCCUAACAAGGAAGGGCUUUGUCCCAGAUUGUGCUCCUUCACCAGGGUUUGUCUCCAAUGAUCAUGCCUUCAUAUUCCUUUAAGCAGGAAAUAGUAUCCUAAUGUGAACAGCUGCACUACGGAGACUACAGUAGCAAUGAUGAAUAGAUUAUGCAUUGAGUCACUGUGGUUUAACCAUUGCCUGAUGUAGCGUGUUUGUUUCAAUGUUUAUAUAAAGUAUACUGGUUAUAUUUACAGACUUGCUAAGUGUGAGAGCAUAAUUGCACAACAAUUCCCAAAGUGCCACUGUCCAGCUCGCUUCAGGAAGAACCUGCACUGUGUUGACAUGCCAUGUUUUCUGCCAAAUAAAAUGUGUUUUUUUCCAACA